AGACGCAACACUCAUUGCAAGUCGAACAGUCGAGCAAGCAACACGCACUUUCACUUCAGUGACGCUCCAACCUCGUGGAAGAUAACGAUCAGUGUUCAGUGAUUUAGUGAAUCCCAAAGCCGGUGCGAGAUACAAGGAUGCAGCAGAAAUUGUCCGGAUGGGCCCUCCUGGCCCUCAUCAGCUCGUCGAUGAUCCUCCACACGAUAGCUUACCCUCAGCAGCAGGCGUCUCUCAUCUCAAGGUCAACAAGUAACGUACGGUCACAAAAUCCCGUAUAUUACAGUAAUUCGUUGCCCGCGCCGCAAGAACAAAUAGGCCAAGAGAGGAAAUAUGCCGAGAAACCGAAUGCAUUGAAGAAAGUGGUCGACGACAUCGACGACACGCAAACAAAUUCAAUAUCGGAAGGCGGUUUCUCCUGGUCAAACAUGUUGGGUAUGAUAAUGCAAAUGAUAUUCAACCCUGGCGGCUCCAGCCCCAGUAAAAGCGACGGUCUCGAUACCGAUUCCGGUUCAUCAUCACCUUGGCCAAAUCUCCUCUCCAUGGGUCUCAAAAUUUUGACCGCCGUGCUCGGAGGAGGCGCCCCCGUUGAUGGAAUCGACAAAGUCGACUCUUCAUCACCAAUGCAGGGUAUAUUGGCUGCGGUUCUUUCGACGGUGCUCGGUGCAAAAGAUCCCGACCAAGUGGCCUCGAUGGCAAAGCAGGCUGGAGAGUUCAUUAGUAUCGUUGUGAAUCUCCUCGAUGCUCUUAAGACAUCGUUCUCUCAUCGGUCGCUCACUGCACGAUCCAUGGGUCGCAAGGAUUCAGUCAGUGACGCAGCGAUCGCUGGCAUUUCCAUGCUCAAGACCUACGUUCGGUCAUUUGGUACUAAUGACGACAAAUGCCUUCAGAAGUAUGUGUGCGAUGCUAACAACGAAUGUUCAUCAGACAUUGGACCGAAAAGCAUCUUCUGUCAGCUUGGAACAUACGCGGCAAGUUUCGUAUUAGAAAGGCAGUCGGGAGGCACUUUCGAACAGUUCUAUGAAGCCGGUCGUAGAGGUCGCUCCGGUAUUGAUUGUCGUCAGUUGUAUCUUGAAUGCAACGAAGUUUAGAUAACAACCGCAUUUCAAUAUACAGCCAAAACACGAACGUAGUAGAGAGAAAACAAUACUACAUUCUAAAUCAUCUAAUUCAGAAAAAAAACGUCGUUAUAAUUUUAUAAGCCAAAUUGAAAAUGUUUAAAUUAAAUUUGGUUUACAUAAUUCGGCCGAUUCCUCUACAGGCAAUCGGAAACUUUUGUGCAAGCUAUCCCAUCGCACAUAUUAUAAAGAACAUGUCAUGUGUAGUGUUUUUUAAGUUUUAAUUUAUUUAUUUAUUUAACUUAUUCUUUAGAUUAAUUACAUAGGCAUUACAAAGUAUUACGUGAAAAUAGGCAAAGACAAGAAAAUUCCGUCCGGCAAAUAUGUUCAAAAUGAAAGUCAUUGGCAAUAAAACCAACAAUUUCGCCAAUUUUGUAAUAACGACUGAUGUAAAAUUUAAUAUUGUGUGAUAUAAAACAUUGUAUCACCUUAUAGUUUAGUUAUGAAUAUUAUGUGUAUAUUUUUGUGAUCAUGUAUGAUUGAGGACGUCCUUGUGUGAAUGUGAUUGUUGAAUAAAA